UUUUCCACCAGCUACUUGAUUUACGGUGGAGAACCCAACAUGUCAGCCUCCAUGUCCAGAUUAUGUUCAGAAUUGUAAUGAAAAGAAUUCUAGACAAUUGGAAGUCCUACAGGCACAGAUUCGUUCCGUGGAUUGCAUUGAAUCUUCGUAAAAAUGAGAGAACUAUUCGCCAGGUCACAGAGCGCUCAAAAGACAGGCUGGUCUCGGAUGAUGUGGUGUCAGAAACACUACUAUGCCUUUUUAGGGCACUGCUCAGAAAUGACGUUGCACACCAGGGAGAGGUGUUACGUCUGCUUCCCGCCUCGACUCAAACCCGCUACCUCAGCCCAGAGACCACUGAGGGACCAGACAUAGGAGAACCAAAAGGAGAGCAUAAGCCCAUCGAGACGAUGUUACUCACGGUUGGGUUCUGUAUUGAGCGAAAGCCUAGUUCCUUGCCGUUCGCUGGAACAGGAGUCUUUGUUACCAGGGGCUUUGUGCAUAAAGGAACUACAGUGGCCAUGUACCCAGGUACCAUCUAUCAGGCAUAUGAGCCCAUUCUCUUCCAGUCCAUUCGGAACCCUUUUGUAUUCAGAUGCAUAGAUCAUGUUUUGAUUGAUGGCAAUGACAAAGGCAUCUCUAAAAUAGUGUACAGGUCGUGCAGUGGAAGAGACAGGCUUGGUCCUUUCAGUUUGAGUGACAUCACUUGGUUGACAGCCAAUACAAAAAACCCGCUAGCAGUGGGUCAAUAUGUGAACAACUGCUCAAAUGAGAGGGCUGCAAAUGUGUGCUAUCAGGAGUAUGAUGUGCCUGAAGCAUUUCCUCUAGAACUUCGCCAGUACCUUCCCAAUGUGAACUACAGACAUGACACGCAAAGGCCUUUACGAUGUGUGGUCCUUGUAGCAUUAAGAGACAUCUGUCCAGGGGAGGAACUCUUUUCUAACUACUUCACUAUCGUGCAUUAGGUCACAUUUUAAAACCGGUACUACUCGAACUUGUUCAAGAAGAAACACUUGGCUACAGUGUGCCUUAGUGCACACAACCCAGGUCUAAGAUUUUUGAACACGUAAGAUUAUGAAAAGUACUUAUUCAACUAGUGAAGUGAAAGCCCCUCUGAAGAACUGUGGCCAGAUGAUUCUGUGUAGCCUAUGAGGGAAGGACAAUGAAAGAGACUGAAGCAAGAAUGGAGAACAUGAAACUGAGAAGACCAUAUUCAUAAGAACAUUUUCCUUUAUUUCUGCAUCUGUACACAUGAUUUGUCUGGAACAAAAUAUAAAAUAUUCAAUGAAAGAGUAUAUACAGUUUUAUGAACAAUAAACUUUACUUUUGAAUGAUGAGAUUAAA